AUUUCUGCUUAAUGAAGUUACCUCGGUAGAAAGAAAAAAAAUACUGUUAAAAGCUUAGGAGAGGCUUACCUAUAUCUGAUAGAAAUUGAGGGGAGAUUAAUGCAGAGGGAUUAUAUUUCAAGUGCAGGUAGUCAGGUUCUCCUUGACGAGAAUUGGGCGAGACUAUGAGUGAUGUUGCCAUAGCUCUGGUUGUCAUAGUAAUCGUUGUGGCAGUAACGAUUGUGAUCGCGGUGUUGAUCCGGGUUUACGGGAUUUACCAUCUUACCUCAUGUUUUGCCUCCAGUGAAGAGAAAGCUGUUCUGACACAGCAUGAACAGUACAAUGGAUAUAUGGUCAAUUCAGAAUCGUCAGAGUUUGCCCUUGACACAAGUGGGAAGUACGCACAAUAUGAUAAUGUUGUGAGUGAUUCACGAUACGGACAAUCAGAAUCACCAAUUCCGGAUAGUGCUCGCAGCAGUCCAGUUUCUGUUGGGAAUGCAUCAGUUGCAUCUGAGGCAGAAAUGCCACCAGCGAUUCGUCGAGCUGAGUCAUGUGACAGCGUGGCUUCUGAUUCGUCAGUGUUGGAGAUGAAACCGGACAUGCCAAAAAUAGGACAGCUGGAAUUUGCCUUAGAAUAUGACAGGGAGGUUUCAGAGUUGAUAAUAAGUAUCAUUCAGGCACGUGACUUAACGCCCAACCAAUAUUCUGGUACCUUGGAUACGUAUAUCCGAGGAGUUUUACUCCCAAGUUCAGACGCCAAAUUUCAAACAAAGGUUCAAAAGGGCACAGUAGAUCCAAUUUUCAAGGAGAGAUUUUUGUUUGGUUUAGAACCAGAGGAUGUUGCGAACAGAGUAAUCCAAUUCCAAGUGUUUUCAGUAGACAAAUACGCCCGACAUAAAGUCAUAGGAGAGUCCGAAAUACGACUGGGAGAUAUAGAUCUGCGCAUGCCCAUAAAAAUGUGGUUAAAUCUUCGAGAUAUUGACGAGAAACCGACAGAGUACGGAGAUAUCAUGUUUUCACUGAGCUAUCUUCCUACUGCAGAACGUCUAACUAUUGUCAUCGUCAAAGCUAGAAACCUCAAGUGGGCGGAUCCCUCCAAGGAAUCUGGUGACCCUUUUGUGAAGGUUUACUUGAUGCAGAACAACAGAAAAGUGAGCAAAAAGAAGACAACAAUUAAACGAGGGGAAAGAAAUCCUAUAUUUAAUGAGGCAAUGAUCUUCUCCGUUCCCUCGACUGCUUUACCGACUGUACAGUUAAGGAUCACGGUCGCAGAACAUAUCAUGGAUGGAAAAACGCCAUCUCUUGGUCACGUGAUAGUAGGUGCUAAUACUUCCGGUACAGAACUGUCGCAUUGGAAUCAAAUGAUAUCAGCUCCAAGAAAACCUAUAGCCAUGUGGCACUAUUUAAGAAAAUGAUGAAAUACUGCUGUAUAUCUAUGUAAUUACGAACAUGUAUAUGUAUCUUUUAAAAUGUUAAAUUGUAUUUCAAUUAUAAAUUCUUACCGCCAUGAUCGCGAAAUUUGGUCACAUAUAUUCAUAUAUUUUAUUUAAUUUGUUUUAGUCAUACACAAAGUGAUUUUACCUGUACAACAUGA